GUUGUCUUUCCUCUUCUGGCAUCUCCUCGCUAUCUCAAAUCCUCGGGGCCCAGGCGAUAAGAUUCUUGAAGUCUCGAACCUUCGUCGAUUCUGGGAAUGGUUUCCCCAACUGAUGUCAGAAGACACACUAUGUCCACCAUGGCCGCUAUACCCGUUUCUGGCCCAACGGAGAAGAACCACAAUGGCCAGGAUUUCUACAAAUACUUCUUCGCACAUCAUCCUGAAGUUCGAAAGUAUUUCAAGGGGGCAGAAAACUUUACAGCCGACGAUGUGGGGAAAAGCGACAGGUUUGACAAACUAGGAAAUGCCAUUCUGCUAUCUGUGCAUAUUCUCACACAGACCGCAGACAAUGAUAACGUCUUUCGCGGCUUCAUCCGUGAUAUGCUUGACAGACACAUUUCCAGGGGACUAGAUCCCGCUUUGUGGAAGGCCUUUGUAAGCAUCUGGAAUGCUUAUAUGGAGAGCAAAGGAAUUACACUCAACGCUGAACAGAAAGAGGCUUGGAACACGCUAAGUGCGAGAUUCAACGAAGAGUGCCAAAAAUAUCUGGCUCAAAUUGGACAGCCACAUCUUUGAACCGGACCAUAUUACUCUGGGACCAUCUAAAUGAGACCGACACCUGCGACCUGUACUCUGCUCUCGCGUUAUGUUAGUGUUUUACAGUAGUGGUACCCAAGAUAUGGUGACAGUUAUGCGGUGGAUGUUGCGUUACAAUAAAAUAGGA